AUCAGUUUUUUUUUUUCUGUUUCAUUCUGCUGUCCCUCGGGUCGAUUCAAUGCAGUAUCUGAUUCAACGUUGCUUUACGUCUUAAAUGAGGAGUGAAGGUGAGCAGGGACCACCAUGGGGACUGUAUUCCCCUCUUUCCUCGCUGCAGUUGACCGACUGUCCUGGUCGCUCCUUGCUCUGUUUACAUCAUGGAUAGUCCUGGGUUCAGCAGACACAAAGCAGACAAGCUGGCCAUUACACUCCAAGAAGCCAGUUCUCUUUGUCUGGAAUGCUCCCACUCAAGAGUGUGAGACACAUGAAGGUGUUAAGUUAUCAUUAGACCAGUUUGACAUAGUGUCAUCCCCCACUCAGGGCUAUACCCGGCAGACUCUCUCAUUUUUCUAUAAGGACCACCUUGGGCAUUAUCCCUAUUAUGACGCUGAAGACGUACAAGUGAUUGGGGGCAUUCCACAACGUGUCAAUCUCUCUCAGCACUUUGAAAGAAUGUCAAAGGAUCUAGAUACAUACAUACCAGACCGCCAGGCUAAAGGUCUGUCUGUCAUUGACUGGGAGGAAUGGCGCCCCUUGUGGGUUCGAAACUGGUCUGCCAAAGAUGUCUAUAGAAGGAGAUCACGUGAACUGGUGGCCAGAAAGAACUCUAGGUUGACUCAAGAGCAAGUGGCGACUGCUGCAAAAGAAGAAUUUGAAUUUGCGGCUCGUGAAUUCCUGCAGGGGACCCUGAGACAGGGUAAAAAAUUGAGACCGAAUAAGCUGUGGGGCUUCUACCUGUUUCCUGAUUGUUACAACCAUGACUACAAAGGGAAAAUGGAAAGCUACACAGGACGUUGUCCUGAUGUUGAGAUUGAGCGCAAUGAUGAACUGAACUGGCUGUGGAAUGAAAGCACCGCCCUUUUCCCCUCAAUAUACCUGGAUCCUGACCUGCGCUCCACUGAUCAGGCACGCCUGUUUGUCCUGAACAGGGUGAAGGAGGCAAUGCGCCUUGCAUCUGUUGGGGAUGGAUUGGCACGUCCUGUUUUUGUUUAUAGCCGACCCACUUACAAUAAUGAGAUGACCCUUUUAACUGAGAAAGAUUUGGUCUCUACCAUUGGCGAGAGCGUUGCAUUGGGAGCUGCAGGAGUGAUCUUCUGGGGGGAUUUCUCCUAUGCAACUAGUAGCGGCUGUUCUGACUUGAAUAACUAUUUUCGGGGACCAAUGGGACGGUACCUCCUCAAUGUGACCACAGCAGCAAAGGAGUGCAGCCAGAAAUUGUGCAAAUUUAACGGUCGCUGUCUUCGCCGAGCACCGGACAGCGCCGUGUUUCUGCACCUCAGCCCCACCACUCACAAGAUCAUAAGUCAGAGCGGAAAGCUGAAGGUCACAGGAUCCCCAGGCCAAGCAGAGCUGAAGGCCUUCCGUCAGCACUUCAAGUGCCAGUGCUACAACGGGACCAAGGGAGAAAGCUGUGAGAUGGGAGGAAAAGGAGGAAAAGGACCAAAAGGACAAAGUGGGCAGAAGAGUAGAGCCACCUCUGUUUUAGGGAUAUGGCCUCUCUGCUUUGUUCUCCAACUCGGACUUCUCUCUCUGUUUCAUUGAGGAAACCAAGAAACCAAACUAUUCUCUGACUCUGCCAGCACCGAAAGGGAAAGUUUUGGUUUUCUGGCCUGAAAACAAAAAUAAACUGCAUUGUGGAAGCAUCACUUCA